AUGCAUCCACCAAGCACCUGGCUUUGUGGCCCAGGUGAGGGCGCGACUCUCAUCAUCAACCGUGGAGCCUUCCGGGCCGGCAUUACGGCCACCAUCCGGAUCAACACGGUGCGCCUCGGGCGUGCGGGUGGACAGACUCGGUUCAAUCUGAUCACGUACAGAGACGAGACGCGAACGGAGAAGAGGGACGAGAAGUUGGAUUUCGAUGGUGGUUUCCGACUGCCUGGCCUGAUCACGGUGCAGGGCACUCCCGUGCUCAAGAGCCAGUACCAGGUUGCGGCAGCAGCAAACCCUGUCAAGCAGCUCUUCAGACCACGCGUCUUGGAGGAUGCUCAAGCUGAGUUCACGCUCUCCUUCACGCGGCCAGUCCAGGCAUCUGAACGGCUCCUCAUCACGUGCCAGGGUCAGGCACAGUACCAGCUCAAGCAGUCCCCUUUUGUCGUCAUCGGCAUCGGCCAGAUCGAAAACCAAGUGGAGAUCGACUCCUUUGGCACGCUUCGGGCGACGCUCAAGCCCGGACGUCCAGCAACGGAAGUGGCCCUGCAGGCCGAUACGCCUUACACCAUCAUCAUGUGGGUUCUACCCAUCCAGGGUGCCAACACUUGGCGUUUCGACACCAGCGACGGCGGCUCGCUGCCCACGAACACCAACGAUGGCGACCUUGAUGGCUUCUAUCCCGUGGAGCAGAUGGUUCUCGGAGUUGAGGCCGUGCGAAGUCCGCCUAAAGCUGUGGUUGAUGUCAUUCUCAACAUCGACGCCGGCAGCGCCAUCGUUCGGGAGCUCAUCAUCAUUGCUCCUCCCAGCUUCCUCUUCGACGAGAGCGCGGGUGGAUGCGGUAACAUGUGCUUGCCUGGCGAAGCACUGAGUUCGACCAGCCGAAGGACGGCCACGAUCCAGUCGCCCACGGGCGAACCGCUGACACAGCUGCGAAAUCUCAAGGUGCGCGUGCUGACGCCCGCCCAGACGCCCAGCAGCGUGACCUGGUACGUGGAAGGACGUGGCCAAGGUGCCGGCACAACUGUCGGCUGGGGAGAAGGCCCAGGUUUCUUCGUGACGCAGAUGGCCGGCACAAGUGUCAUGUACCCGGCCGUUGCAACCAUUGCACAGGCACAGAUUGUGUUCACGUUUGCUCUGAACAUCAACGCCGGGAAUCAGAUCAACAUCGAAGCUCCACCGGGCUUCAUUCUGACUUGCUCCACAGAAGGGGCACUCAAGCAGAUCAGUCUCCCCGGCGGCAAGCCUGACUGCAUCGAUGACCCCUUGCAGAUCCGUUUGGGCACGACGCUGACAGCCGACCAGUAUGCCUUCUCUUUGCUCGUGGACUUGCCGCCGGACGAGCCUCGUGACAACACUUUCAGUGUCAUCGUCAGAGACCAGGACGGCGGUGUCGUCGAUGCAGCGUACUCCAUUCAGGGCAAGCCCUUCGUGAUUAUGGGCGUCACCGACCCCUACCUUGAUUGGUCGCAGGCGGAGCCAGGGCAGCGGACUCAAAUUACGAUCGGGCUGACGUUUACCGGGACUACCCCCAAUGUCAAGGCGGUGUUGAUCAUGCUCCCAGAGCGCUUCAUUCACGAUGUCCAGACUCCAACGGACGUGCAAAACAUCAACAAGCAGUUCCCAGUGGCAGCAGGGUCGGAUUGGGCAGACACCCAGUACACCGAUCGUAUCAAGAUAUACCUGGACGACACUGGCGGUGGCCAGGCCAUUGAUCCAGGCGAGUAUCGGUUUAGCUUUCCGGCUUUGGUGCCACCGAGCAUGUCCAACAACAAUUACUGGUCCAUUUCCCUGUGCUUCGAUCGGGAUUGUCAACAACCCGACGGGCAGUACAUCAUCGUGAGUUUCCCCAUCGCGGGCUUCCAGCUUUACGAACUGUCACAAGAGGCGAUAAGAUGCAAGCGCAGCGUCUCACCUGCCAAGUGGCGCCAACGGUUCUUUAUCAAAGGAAUUCCGCCCUACCCAGUGCUUGCAGAUGUAGCCUUCCGCAUAACGCUAUCUGGAGACACGGUCAGGGCCCUCAAGUGGCUGUCAGAGACGCCCCCGAAGCAGUGCACGGCAGUCCGUUGCAAGAUUUUCUUCACUGCCGAGGCAGGAAGUAGGAACAGGCAGCUGGCACCUCGCUCGCAGCCUAGGGUAUCGCGACUAAAAGUGACUUUUGCGAGAGGUCGGCGAGGCCGGGCGAUGGACGAUGACCUGGAGCGCGCUGCGCGAAAGCAUCGCCUUCAACAACGUCAUGGCGCGAUUCGAGCACAGCAGAGGCAGCGGCUGCAGGAGGAGCAGAAGAAGGCUGCUUUGGACGUCUCCCCUGCGAAUGCAGAUGCCGUGGCUUCAUCGAGCAGCCGACCGGCCAACCCCGCAGAGCAGGCUCAGGUGCCGGAGAAGGCUGUCUGCGCCAUUCGCUUCCACGUGCGGCUGGUCAGCUUGUUGUUGGAGAAGUUGGACCUUCCCUACGCACAGCUCCAGGAGCUGCGUGUGAGCUGCCGACGGGGAUGCAAGGUCCACGCGUCCAUCAAUGAGGGUGAGGUUUGGCAGACCUCCCCAGUUGGGCUCUACCGCUCAGUGGAGCUGCACUGCCCUUUGUGGUCCCGGCUGUGGACUGGUGCCCUGGCGCGGGGAGCCGGGGAGUCGGAGGAGAUGCCGGUUCCUGCAACUACCCUCUGCCUCAGCCGGCAAGAGCGAGAGCUCCUGGACGAGGUGGAGAUCCACAGCAGCGCAGGGCUGCGGCACUUGGCACACGCCUCUUCGCACCUUCACGACGCACGAACCCGCCCCCGGCCGUGCAUGUUGCUGUGCACAUUGGAAUUUCAGAUCCGGGCCUGUGGAGUGGGUGCUCGUAUGACGUGCAUUGGCCUCUCUCGUUUUUUAGACAGUGGUUCUUCGUGUAAGCAUCCUACGAAUCCUACGUCUAUUGCAUUCUUGUUCAUGGUCGCACUCUCGACCGGCUUGCGGAGCGUUACGGCUCAUAUCAUAAACUGCAGCUGCACAACCGCACCGGACGCAGGAACAUUCGUAGUGUGCAGAGCGCAUAAUAAUAUUAUGCGCCUGCGUGCAAACAAGGACUGCCCCAGAGCGCGUGACGUCUCCAUAAGCGGCAUCACGCAAAAGACCCGACCUUGCAGACUGCUGUUGCCAAGCUCCGCUGGCUGCUUUCAUGUUGUUCCUGCAACCGUAGCUCGCCAUGUCCUCAGACGUCACUUUGAGCCGCCAGGAGCAGCUUGGCCACGAUUCAGAAACCCAACCGCUAUCUAG